CCAGAAACCUGGAGAAUAAAACACGAGGAACCAGAAACCUGGAGAAUAAAACAUGAUGAACCAGAAACCUGGAGAAUAAAACAAGAGGAACCAGAAACCUGGAGAAUAAAACAAGAGGAACCAGAAAGAGGAUUUACACAAGCUCCAGUCUGGAUCCAGAACACCUGAGAAGAGAUGAUGCUGACCUUCAGAGGACCCCAGAUGAUGCUAUCCCUGAAUCAACAAACAGAACUAACAAACAUUGCUACAAAGUUAAUUGAAGAAAAAGAGGAGAAAGAAGAAUCAAGUGAAGUUGAGGAGAAAAGUCACGUCAAAACUGGAGGAAAACCUUUGAGUUUGAAAGUACAUCAGAAAACACACACUGGUGUGAGAGAGUACAUGUGCUUCGAGUGUGAAAAGACUUUUAGUUUAGCAAGCAGAUUAAAACUGCACCAGAGGAUCCACACUGGAGAGAAACCUUACAGGUGUUCACACUGUGACAAGAGAUUCAGUGAUUCAUCAAAUCUGAAAACGCAUGAGAGGAUUCACACUGGAGAGAAACCUUAUAAGUGUUCACACUGUGACAAGAGAUUCAGUUAUUCAUCAUAUCUGAAAACGCAUGAGAGGAUUCACACUGGAGAGAAACCUUAUAAGUGUUCACACUGUGACAAGAGAUUCAUUAAAUCAUCAGGUCAGAAAACACAUGAGAGGAUUCACACUGGAGAGAAACCUUACAAGUGUUCACACUGUGACAUGAGAUUCAGUAAAUUAUCAGGUCAGAAAACACAUGAGAGGAUUCACACUGGAGAGAAACCUUAUAAGUGUUCACAUUGUGACAAGACAUUCAAUGAUUCAUCAUCUCUGAAAACGCAUGAGAGGAUUCACACUGGAGAGAAACAUUAUAAGUGUGCACACUGUGUCAAGACAUUCAAUGAUUCAUCAUCUCUGAUAACGCAUGAGAGGAUACACAUUGGAGAGAAACAUUAUAAGUGUGCACACUGUGACAAGACAUUCAGUGAUUCAUCAUCUCUGAAAAUGCAUGGGAGGAUUCAUACUGGAGAGAAACUUUAUAAGUGUUCACACUGAGACAAGACAUUCAAUGAUUCAUCAUCUCUGAAAACACAUGAGAGGAUUCACACUGGAGUGAAACCAGAAACCAUAUAAGAGAUUCUUAUAUUCAGACUCUUAACUUUAAUAGAGAAUAUAUCUUUGGAUGAGAGACUAUAGACUUUUGCAACUUUACAGAUCUUCUUUAUUCAACAAGAGCUUGAAACACUAAAACAAUACAAGUUCCAUUAUAACCAGUAAAACCAUUAAAACCAUUGGCAUUUCCAGCAGGUUAGUAUAAGCAUGGAAAUGGUCUGCCUGGAUGCCUAAUAAUUAUAAUAAAAACAUAGCUUGUUUUAUCUACUGUUUAAUUAAUUAAAAAAAAUAGUCUGAGCACAUCAACAGUCAUAUGUAAAAUGAAAUAGGAUUAACUCUGUCCAUUAAUGUAAUUUUGGAUUUUACAUUUCUUUAAGCAUUAAAUAAAAAUGACUUUAUGAGUUAUUGCUUUGAA